GCUCGCUUGUCGUGGCUUGUGGUGUGGCUCCUUGGAGGAGGUUCUCCCACGCCGGCCCCCCCCCCUUUCCAGAGGCGGGAGUAAUCGACGGGAAUAGGAAUCGGAGAAGGGAGGGGAGAAGAAGGGGGUCCCCAAAAGAGCAAAGCGAGUCUUGGGCAACUGCAGCUCCAGCCGUCACCGCCUUCUCCAGCGCCGUGCAGAGAGACAGACAGAGAGAGACGGAGAGAGAAGAGAGCAAGAGCGAGCGGUGGAGACAAAAGCGGGCGAGUAGAGCCCGAAAGAGAUACUCAAGACACGUUUACACACCGGCGCGCGUAACACGCGUAACCCGCGAGAUCCAUCUUGAAGGGGUUCCGACUCUCCCGCUUGCCGCCGUGGUCGCCGAGCCCGGCUCGCCCCGCUCUCUUGUGGACUUUUUAGGGGAUGCCAAUUCGCCUCCUCCGCCAAUGUUUCACUGGAGCAAGUGGAAGAAGAGGAUGGGCGCCAGCACCUCUUCCUCGUCUUCCAAAAGACCCGUGUUCGACGAGAAGGAAGAUGUGAACUUUGAUCACUUCCAGAUUCUUCGAGCAAUUGGAAAAGGAAGCUUUGGCAAGGUGUGCAUUGUACAAAAGAAAGACACAGAAAAGAUGUAUGCCAUGAAGUACAUGAAUAAACAACAGUGCAUUGAAAGAGAUGAAGUUCGGAAUGUGUUCAGAGAACUAGAGAUUCUGCAAGAAAUUGAGCAUGUCUUCCUAGUGAAUCUUUGGUACUCCUUCCAAGAUGAAGAAGACAUGUUCAUGGUGGUGGAUCUACUCUUGGGUGGUGACUUACGUUAUCAUCUUCAACAGAAUGUGCAGUUUACAGAAGAAACAGUUAAACUAUAUAUCUGUGAAAUGGCAUCAGCUUUGGACUAUUUGCGCAGUCAGCGUAUUAUACACAGAGAUGUGAAACCGGAUAACAUUCUCCUUGAUGAACAAGGCCACGCCCACCUAACCGAUUUUAAUAUCGCAACAAUCAUCAGAGAUGGUGAAAGAGCAACUGCUCUAGCUGGAACUAAGCCUUACAUGGCUCCGGAGAUCUUUCAUUCCUUUCUGAAUGGAGGAACAGGGUAUUCCUUUGAAGUCGAUUGGUGGUCUCUGGGAGUGAUAGCAUAUGAGCUUCUGCGUGGAUGGAGGCCUUACGACAUCCAUUCCAAUAGUCCCGUGGAAUCAUUAGUUCAGCUGUUCAGCACUGUGAGCGUUCAGUAUACAACAGCUUGGUCAAAAGACAUGGUGGCAUUAUUAAGAAAGCUUUUGACAGUCAAUCCUGAGCAUCGUUUUUCUAGUCUAGCCAACAUUCAGACUUCCUCCUACUUAUCUAACGUGGACUGGGAUGAAAUUUGCGAGAAGAAAGUAGAGCCUGGCUUUGUUCCUAACAAAGGCCGUCUGCACUGCGACCCCACUUUUGAGCUGGAGGAGAUGAUUCUGGAGUCAAGGCCCCUGCACAAGAAAAAGAAGAGGCUUGCAAAGAACAAAUCCAGGGACAACAGCAAGGACAGCUCACAGUCUGAAAAUGAUUACUUGCAGGAAUGCCUUGAAGCAAUUCAGCAAGAUUUUGUCAUUUUUAACAGAGAAAAGUUGAAGAAGAGCCAGGAUCAGAUGAAUGAGUCCCUUUCUCCUCCUGAAACCACCGAUGAGACAGAGACUGAAACAGAAUCUGAACAUUCCAACAUAAACAUGUGUAGCUCAGUAUGUUCCUCUACAGGAAGCAGCUAGGAUGAUGGGGCGAAGGGGCCAGAAGCUUGUGUGCCUCUUACAUAAAACAUUCUCAGGUUGCAGGUGACAGUAUAGCAGGUACGUUUGUGGAUGGGAAAAAAAAAAAAAGAAGAGUCACACAAACCAACACUGUAGAGCCACAGAAAAAGCAAAUAGUUCUUACAGAACUCAUGGAUUGAAAAAAGAUCUCCUGUUACCAGAGACUUUGCUACUAUGCAACACCUCAACACAAUUGUUCCAUUUCUUUCUUUGUACGUUUCUUUUGAUAGGUGACAGAUCGCAAUCUGAAGCAUAUUUCAGGGACAAGAAUGUAACAUAUAUCCAAGAACAUGCAGAAUGAAAGCAGGCAAGGUGGGAGGGCUAGAAAAGAUUGCCAAGGCAAUUGAAAAUGCUCCAUCACUAUUGUCCUUACAGCCAGAGUAUGCAAAAUUGUCCCUUGAUAUUUUCAGAGCAUUUGAGGAUUCUUACAGAGCACAGCAGUUACAGAGUUACCCGCUGGGCCCGGGCUCAACUGAUGCCCUUGGCUUCAUGUGGUUUUUAAUAAGUUUAAUCUCUGAUUUAACAAGUGCUUUGGAAUCUACCCAUGUAGGGCCAACUGCCCUGAAUUUUACAGCUGGUUUUUUAAAAUGGUGCAGUGCAAGGUAAUUUUAAUUUUGUCAAACCACUGCAUCUUUUCACAAAGCCGUCCUUGACUUUCAAGGAAUGUUGUAUGCUUACAAGCACCUGAACUGAGAUUAGCAUUUUCUUCACUCCUGUAAAGGAGCAGGAUAUUAGCAUGGUUUGAUUGAGAUGCCCUAAUGAUGGAAGAAGUAACAUAUAAUGCAAUUCUUUAUCCUGUUGAAAGUGUGCUUUAAAUAUAUCAUUGGUACCCGUCUUAACUUCUUACAAAAACUGGAAAAUUUUGAUGCUGGUUCCAGCUGUGGAUACUGCCUUUUUCACUGUUUCAAAAGUCACUUCUCCCUCUUUCUUAUACCAAGGCUGCUAUCUUACACAUAUUUAUAACAUCCACUGAAUGUAGUGGAUUUACCCCAAAUAAAAAUAAUAGGAUUGCCUUGACGCUUUUUCUUACUAUAGUGUGGCUUUAUUCUUAAAACUCUAGGAAUCCUUGACAUUAGGGUAUAUGUUGUACAUAAAUCUUGUAACUCUUUUCACUCCGGUUUUGUUCAAGCGUCGAAGAGAUUGUCCUGUUUGUAUCUCAGUUGUGUUUUCUUGAAAGAAAGUGAACUUUGCAUGCUUUUAAUGUUGAUACCUUUCCCACCCACCUGCCUUGUCUUAUUGAAACCGAUUUGCUAGCAUUGGACUAGAGUUUUUGGAAACAGGAAUCCUUACAGCCUUACUUCUGAAGCUACAAUUUUCUCUGCAACAAGGUUUUUUUUUUUAAAUUUCUCUGCCAUUAAGAUGGAAUUCUGACCAACUCAUUAUCCAGUCAAGUCAACAAACAACACAACAGAGAUAUAAUCUUUUUAUAUGGAUUCUACAGUGAACACAUGCUUAAUUUUCCACAGUUUUAUGUGGAAGUUAGUAAGAAACAAAAAUUGUUCACAACCAAUAUUUUAAACGAAUCAUUAGAAAGGGAAGAAAAAUCAAGUUUGCUUGUGUAGAUAUACAAAGAAACCAAAGCUUUAUUCUCAGUGCCACUAUUUGUAGAUUAUAGCCAGGUAAAUGGCACAUCCAAUUUACAGUUGAAUGGUAAAUGUUAUUGUGUUAGUACUAUGAUUAAAACUUCACUUGAUUUCAACACUUGAUUUCAAAGGGAGAAACUCUCAAAGAGGUUUAUAGUCCAGAUAUUUAGAUUAUGCUAUUCCACCAUCGUUUUAUCAUAGUGUCACAACCUCUAAUGUUACAAGCAGAGCUGCAAGCAUGCCAACAUGUUCAAAAAGUCAGAAGCCUUUUAAGUGUUGGGAAAAAGAAUACCACCACUUCCCUGCACUCACGAGUAAGGUCUAGUAGUGAGUACAGAACCACAUGCAGCCCAAUGUAGUUAUUGUCCCCAUGGGAUACAGAAUCCUAACACUAAGAAUUAUAAUUUCAUACAGGAUUAUAACCACGUUCAGACAAGCCUGGAUCCAGUCUUUUUUCAGACCAUCCACACAUUGUGUUUCCUAAUGCCUCAAGAAAGCUAAAGUGCCAAUAUGGUUCGCCAACUGAUCCCUGUUCAGUUGCAUCAUAGCACAAUAGAUUCUACAGAGUUAAAACUCCAAAUUGAAUUCAAGUCCUAAGUGUGGGUGACAUGUGCAUGUUCUAGUAAUCAAUCAUAGACUUAAAAUGUCGCAUUUUUAAAAGGAAUACUUGCCUCUAAUUAAUUUGUUUAGAAAGUGUUUAGUCUAGUUAGCCUUGUGUUGAAUGUUCUAUGUGAAUCUAAGAAGAAAUGGCUUUCUUGUUAAAAUGUUUGCAUUGAUAUAAGCCAGUAAGUGUGGUUAUUGGCUAAUGAAUUCAUAGGAAGUCCAUUGUUUUUUUUAAAGAUACAAAAUAAAAGAUUUACAAUCACGAUUUAAUAAAAUGCAGAGCUAGCAAAGUUUGUUGCCUUGAUUUGUUACAGGGAGUUGUGUUUCUGUUUAAGGAAACCAAUAAGGCUGAACAAUGGUUAAAUUUGGCUCAAAGCUUUCCCUUUCUUUUCUUUUUCUGUCUCUCCCU